GUCAAUAAUUCUUUCAUUACUUAAACCAUCUGCUUUGAAUAUAUACAUUCACAAAAAUUCAUCAUUCCUCCUAUAAGAAGUGAGUCCAAUUGUAACAAAAAACUGCAGCUAAAAGGCUAAGGGCAAAGAAUGAGGUUUCCCUUCAUUACACUCUGUCUUUUCCUGGCUAAGCCUCACCAUAACUGCCAUAUCUUUGUCGAAGCCUGGCUGCCCCGAAAAGUGUGGGAGUGUAACCAUCCCAUAUCCUUUUGGGGUUGGUUCCAAUUGCAGUGCAAAAUGCGUUACUGAUUCUCUUGACUGCGAAGAAUCCAACAAAGAAUCCCCCUAUGCAAUUAUCUGCCAAAAUUCAUCCACUCCAUUCUUGAGCAUCACAAUAUGGAAGUGGUGAAGAUUUCGCUGUACGGAACAUUGAUUGUAAAGCUUCCCGUGUCGCCUAUGAAUUGCUCGGAUACGCAGACAACUGUUCCUAUUUCACUUCGUGGCAGCCCUUUUACAAUCUCAGCACACUACAAUUAAUUUGUUGUGUUAGGCUGCAAGAAUUCAGUCCGGCUGCGUUCUGAUACGAUGCAGACAGUUGGAGGAUGCACUGCUAUCUGUGAUGCGAAUUCCACGGACACGAGCUGCAGUGGCAUUAACUGCUGCCAGACGACAAUGCCAGAACGACCACAAGAGUUUCAGUAUAGUUAUCGAAGCAUUGAAGCAAGUAAUAAAAGUAGAUAUUGUGGCUAUGCUUUUCCUGCUGACAAGAAAUGGAUACCGAGUGCUUACACGUUGCAUAGUGGCCUAAAUCAAGAUCCGUUGAAUCCAUACGACGCGGGGUUCAGAUUUGCACAACUGGUGAUUGAUUGGGAGCGCGUUGGCUUUGAAGACUUCCACGACAAUACUAUUUGCAAAGUGUUUCCUCAAGGUCGCAGUGAUGAGUACAUUGAUGAUUACUAUACACCGCGUUAUGAUGCUACCGGAAUAAACUAUGUAUCAUCGACUAGGUACUGCUAUUGUCGUGAUGGUUAUGAAGGGAAUCCAUAUCUAGGCCGUGAUGGAUGUGUUGAUGUGGAUGAAUGCAGCAACUCAACAUUGAAUGUAUGUGGUGGUAAUGGGGACUUGCAUCAAUACUAUAGGAGGCUUCACUUGUCGGAAAAGAUCUGUCGUCAAAAUAGUGAUCAUCAGUGUUGGCAGCGUGGUUGGAGGGCUGGCUUUGUUACUCGGGGCGUUUUUUGCCACCAGAGCUAUAUGGAAAAGAAUGAAGGAUAAACACAAAGGAAGUGAUUCUGGCCAACAAUGAAGGAAGUUGCAGUCGAGUUGGAAGGCAUACGAUUGCUCAAUUAGGAAACUUUCGACAAGACGAAGGCAAAGAACUUAAUAUUGUUGAAGUUGAUGAGUCUGGUGUUAUUGAUGUUUUCUUGAAUUCAAACAAAAUUUUCGGUUCAAAUUAUUGUUUUAUCGUUCACUUUGUCAAUGUCAUUUGUAUGUUUCUAUGUCCAAUUGAUCACCUCAAAGUCGUCUUCUCUCUCUUUACAAAGUCUUCAUUCAUAUCAAAAUGUAGGGACCCCGUGUACACAUUUUUCCUUCUGUAAUUAAGAGCGUUGAUUUCAAAUAUUUAUGAGGCCUUUUAAAGAGUUCAUUGGUCUAUUUCUACACUGUAUAAGAGUAUACCUAAGUUGAAUUUCCUUCUUUAUCUCUGAGUUUCAUGUAUGGAAAUCCAAUUUAAAUUCCAGUCCAGCUAAACAUGCAUGAUGCUUAAAAACGAUCAUUUCUUAUCCCACAUCGACUUCUACAGAUGGAAGCUUGUAUACAUGUUAUCAAGCAGUGGUGCAACGUUCUUAAGCCCAACUCGGUGCCUUGGUAGAAGAAGGUUAAAAACAAAGAAUGAGGUUUCCCUUUAUUACUCUCACUGUUUUUUCCUGGCUAUGCCUCACCGUAGCUGGUGGAUCUUUGUCGAAGCCUGGUUGCCCGGAAAAGUGUGGGAAUGUAACCAUUCCAUAUCCAUUUGGGGUUGGCUCCAAAUGCAGUGCAAAAUGUGUUACUGAUUCUUCCGAAUGCAAAGAAUCCGCCUACACAAUUAUCUGCCAAAAUUCAUCCACUCCAUUCUUGAGCAUCAUCAAAAUGGAAGUGGUGAAGAUUUCUCUGUACGGAACGUUAAUUGUAAAGCUGCCAGUGUCUCCUAUGAAUUGCUCAGAUACGCAGACAACGGUCCCUGUGCCAAUUUCACUUGAUGGCAGCCCCUUUACAAUCUCAGCACACUACAAUUCAUUUAUUGUGAUGGGCUGCAAGAGUUCAGUCUGGCUACGUUCUGAGACGAUGGAGACAGUUGGAGGAUGUACGGCUAUCUGUGAUGGGAAUUCCACGGACACAAGCUGCAGUGGUGUUAACUGCUGCCAAACGAUAAUACCAGAACGACCACAAGAGCUGCAGUAUACAUAUCGAAGCAUUGAAGCAAGUAAUAAGAGCGGAUUUUGUGGCUACGCUUUUCCUGCUGACAAGAAAUGGAUACAGAGUGCUUACACAAUGCAUAGUGGCCUAAGCCAAGAUCCGUUGAAUCCAUAUGAUGCGGGGUUCGGAUUUGCACAACUGGUGAUUGAUUGGGAGCACAUUGGCUCUGAAGACUUCCAUGAUAAUACUAUUUGCAAAGUGCUUCCUAGCUAUCGUAGUGAUGAAUAUUAUGAUGAUUACUAUACGCCGCGCUAUGAUCCUACUGGAAACAACUAUGUAUCAUCGACUAGGUACUGCUCUUGUCGUGAUGGGUUUGAAGGGAAUCCAUAUCUAGGCCGUGAAGGAUGUGUUGAUGUUAAUGAGUGUAGCAACUCAACAUUUAACAUAUGCGGUAGUGAUGGGACUUGCCUCAAUACUAACGGAGGCUACAUUUGUCGAAAAAGAUCUGCUGUCAAAAUAGUGAUUAUCUGUGUUGGCAGUGCCGCUGGAGGGCUGGUUUUGUUACUCGGGGCGUUUUUUGCCACGAAAACUAUUAGAAAAAGAAUAAAGGAUAAACAUAAACUCAAGUGUUUAGCCUUAUUGUUGGAACAGCAGCUGUCUUCCGUUGAUAACGGCCUUGAGAAAACUAGGUUGUUCAGUUCAAAAGAGCUAUCGAGAGCUACUGAUUACUAUAAUGAGAAUCGGAUACUUGGUCGUGGAGGGCAAGGCACUGUCUACAAAGGAAUGCUGACGGACGGAAGGAUUGUAGCAGUCAAGAAGUCAAAGAAGGUGGAAGAAGGCGAUCUUGAAGCCUUCAUCAACGAGGUUGUCAUUCUCUCACAAAUCAAUCAUAGGAAUGUGGUUAAAUUGUUGGGAUGUUGUAUUGAGACUAAAGUUCCUCUCCUCGUCUACGAGUUCAUCCAAAACGGUACCCUUUACCAACACAUCCAUGAUCCUAAUGACGAAUUACCAUUAUCAUGGGAGUUGAGAGUGAGGAUUGCAAGAGAAAUAGCCGGAGCACUUGCUUACAUGCACUCUUAUGUAUCUGCACCCAUCUAUCACCGCGAUAUCAAGUCAACGAACAUACUUUUGGAUGAAAAAUGCAGCGCCAAAGUCACAGAUUUUGGGAUAUCAAGAUCAGUAGCUGUUGAUCAAACUCACCUCACCACCCGUGUGCAAGGAACCUUUGGCUAUUUGGAUCCCGAGUAUUUCCAGUCGAGCCAGUUCACAGAAAAGAGCGACGUCUAUAGCUUUGGCGUGGUUGUGGUUGAGCUUUUAACUGGAGAGAAAGCAGUGUCAGCAAUCAGAGCCGAGGAGGGGAGGGGUUUGGCUGCACACUUCUUGCAUUCCAUGGAGGAGAAUCAGUUGUUUGAUAUUCUUGAUGCAAGGGUGAUCAGAGAGGGCAGUAGGGAGGAGAUUCUUGCUAUUGCCGAACUUUCUCGAAGAUGUUUGCAUCCGAAUGGUAAGAGAAGGCCGGCGAUGAAGGAAGUUGCAGUCGAGUUGGAAGGCAUACGCAUGCGCCAAGAAGAAAACAUUCAAGACGAAGGCAAAGGAAGAAUGAAGUCAUCCAUAUUAGUCCAUAUGUUAUCCCUGCUAAGCUAUAGCAUAACUCUGAGUCUGGCAAUAUCGUUGUCGAUGCCUGGUUGUCAAGAAAAGUGUGGAAGUGUCAUGAUUCCCUUUCCAUUUGGGAUCGGUUCCAAGUGUAGUGCAAAUUCCUCAUUCACUGUUAUCUGCCGGAAUUCCACAACACCAAUCUUGAGCAGCAUGAACAUGGAAGUAGUCAAGAUUUUCAUCAGAGUAUCCCUCAAAGGAAGUCCGUUUACAAUCUCAGCACAGUACAACACGUUGGCUGUGUCAGGCUGCAAGAAUUCGAUCUGGUUGCAAACUAAUAAGACGACUGUUAUAGGAGGAUGUACAUCCAUGUGUGCUGCCAACUCCACAGAAACUAGCUGCAACGGCAUCAACUGCUGCCAAACAAAACUUCCACCACGACUCAAGGAGCUCGAGUACAAAUACAAAACAACUGAAGCUAGCAACAAUGACAGCUCUUGUGGAUAUGUUCUCCCAGUUGAGAAGACAUGGUUAACAAAUGAUUACAAAAGGUUCAAAACAAUCGAUCGAGGAUUGGGAUUUUCUCCUCUAGUACUUGAGUGGGAAUUUGGUGAACUGAAAGGUUAUAGUGACACUGUUUGCACUUAUUCUGAUGAUUAUUGCCUCUCACAUCCUGACGAUUUUGGCCGCAGAUAUGCAGAAAAUAGUACUCUCGCUUGUGCCCGCAUACAUCUUGACAAUGGAUGUAGCAUAUAUCCUUCUCGUCACUACUGCAAAUCAGCAUCUAAUGCUUAUCUAUUUUCACAUAAUAGUGAUUAUGAGAAAAUCUUUUCUGUGUAUUACGAUGGAUCUGAUUAUGUAUCGUCAACCAAAUACUGCUCUUGCCCUGAGGGGUAUGAAGGUAACUCAUAUCUACCAGGGAAAUGCAUUGAUGUAGACGAAUGCAACAACUCAACAUCGAACAUAUGUGGUGGUAGUGGGACUUGCAUCAAUACUAUAGGAGGCUUCACUUGCCGAAAAAGAUCUGCUGACAAGGUAGUAGUUAUCAGUGUUGUCAGCGGGGUUGGAGGGCUGGUUUUGUUACUUGGGGGGUUGUUUGCCACCAGAAGGAUGAGAAAAAGAAUAAAGGAUAAAUACAAAAUCAAGUGCUUAGCCUUAUUGUUGGAACAGCAGUUGUCUUCCAUUGAUAAUGGCCAUGAGAAAACUAGGUUGUUCAGUUCAAAAGAGCUAUCAAGAGCUACUGAUUACUAUAACGAGAAUCGGAUACUUGGCCGUGGAGCACAAGGCACUGUCUACAAAGGAAUGCUAACUAAUGGAAGGAUUGUAGCAGUCAAGAAGUCGAAGAAGGUGGAAGAAGGCGAUCUUGAAGCCUUCAUCAACGAGGUUGUCAUUCUCUCACAAAUCAAUCAUAGGAACGUGGUUAAAUUGCUGGGGUGUUGCCUUGAGACUGAAGAUCCUAUCCUCGUCUACGAGUUCAUCCAAAACGGCACACUCUACCAACACAUCCAUGAUCCUAAUGAGGAAUUCCCAUUAUCAUGGGAGUUGAGAGUGAGGAUUGCAAGAGAAAUAGCUGGAGCACUUGCUUACUUGCACUCUUCUUCGUCAGCACCUAUCUAUCACCGCGAUGUCAAGUCAUCGAACAUACUUUUGGAUGACAAAUACCGUGCCAAAGUCUCAGAUUUUGGGAUAUCAAGAUCAGUAGCUGUUGAUCAAACUCACCUGACCACGCGUGUGCAAGGAACCUUUGGCUAUUUGGAUCCCGAGUAUUUCCAGUCGAGUCAGUUCACAGAAAAGAGCGACGUCUAUAGCUUUGGCGUGGUUGUGGUUGAGCUUUUAACCGGAGAGAAAGCAGUGUCCGCAAUCAGAGCUGCAGAGGGGAGAGGUUUGGCUGCUCACUUCUUGCAUUCCAUGGAGGAAAAUCAGUUGUGCGAUAUUCUCGAUGCAAGGGUGAUCAAAGAGGGCAAAAGGGAAGAGAUUUUGGCUAUAGCCGAACUUUCUCGAAGAUGUCUGCAUCCGAAUGGUAAGAGAAGGCCAACAAUGAAGGAAGUUGCAGUUGAGUUGGAAAGCUUUCUUAUGCUCGAAGAAGGAAACUUUGAAGAAGACGAAGGCGAAGAAGGCAAUGCUGUUGAAGUUGAUGAGCAUGAUAUCUUCUCCUCCAUCUCAGGAAGAGGAAGCAGUGGUUUUGAUACCAUCACUCAAUAUUUAGAAGAAGAUGAAGAAAACUCAUUGCUUGAUAAGUCAUUAAGAACGAUGGACAGAAUGGCCGUUCAAGUCUUUAAUCGAGCAUGUGGCGUGCAGAAACAUAGGUAUUUUUUUCCCUAG